UCUCACAGCUCCAGCGGCAAGGAAACACACCCGUCAGCAGCGCGCAUUGGAGACUGAAAAAAAAACAAAAAAAAACAGCGCAUCACGGACAAAGAAAAUAUGGGCGCGCUGGAGAGGAUUCACCACCGCCGGUACCGACAAUGGCUGAGCCGCUUCUGUUCCAUUCAGCCGGAAUUAAUUUAGCCCACCUUAAUGAGGUGCUGGGACGCGAGGUACUGCAAGCUAAAAAGGCGGAAGGCUGCGUUUGAAACCGUCUGCGGAUCCUAUGAGUUUGCAAUGGAUGUUGCGGGGAUAUGCAACCAGCGAGGGAGCAAUGUGCCUUUUUGUUAUUUUGUGAUAUUCUCCUUAUUGUGUGGCCUUUCGUUCGGACAAUUGCGCUAUUCCAUUACAGAAGAACUGGACAAUGGGGCACUGGUGGCUGAUCUUGCGCAAGACUUGGGGCUGGAUAUUCGAAGGCUGGCCAGCCGGAAAAUCAAGGUAACCUCCAGCAGCAGCAGCAAGCGCUACGUGAUUGUCAACCCUAAAAAUGGCAAAUUGCUUGUUAAUGAAAGGAUCGACAGGGAGGCGCUGUGCGAUGCGUCCAGCAGCUGCCUCAUCAAUCUGGAGGUUCUGGUGGAAAAUCCCACCGAGGUGCACCAUGUUGAGGUGGAAAUUGUGGACGCCAACGAUAAUGCGCCACAGUUCCCUAGGGAGGAGUACCAAGUUGAAAUCACAGAAUCCGCUUUGCCGGGGUCGAGGUACCCGAUUGAAAAUGCCCAGGAUUCCGACAUAGGGUCAAAUUCAGUUCGUUUGUAUCAGCUGAGCACAAAUGACCAUUUUGCGCUGGUAUCCAACAAACCUUCCCUGAACACAAAGCACAUCGAGCUCGUGCUCAAAAAGCCUCUUGAUCGGGAACAGACUGCUUACCACCAGAUCAUUUUGAGUGCUGUUGAUGGCGGGACACCUGAGAAAACAGGCACUGCAAAAAUCAACGUGCGAGUCCUGGAUUCGAAUGACAACGUCCCUAUGUUUGACAACUCCGUAUACAAGGUGAAACUGUUGGAGAAUUCGCCCAAAGACACCCUGGUGAUCAAACUGAAUGCCACCGACCUGGAUGAAGGCACAAAUGGUGAAGUGUACUACUCGUUUAGCAGCUACACUCCUGAGCGAGUCAGGCAGAUGUUCAGCAUGGACACUAAUACAGGAGAAAUAAGAGUAAGGAGAAAUGUUGACUACGAGGAGACCAAUUCGUACGAGAUGUACAUCCAAGCAAUGGACAAGGGUCCAGGGGCGGUGGCGGCACACUGUAAGGUGGUGGUAGAGGUGGUGGACGUGAACGACAACGUCCCUCAGAUCGUGCUGUCAUCCCUGUCGAGUCCUGUGAGGGAGGACGCUCGCGCCGACACGGUCGUGGCCCUGAUCAGCGUCACUGAUCGGGACUCCGGCGCCAACAAGCAGGUGUCUUUAGAGAUCCCGGCAGGCCUCCCUUUCAAAAUCAAGUCCUUCAGAAACUACUACACCCUAGUAACCUCAGCCUUCUUGGACCGUGAGACCAUUGAUGCCUACAAUGUCACGCUGAGUGCCACAGACGGAGGAAACCCUCCUCUUUCCUCUCAGAAGACCAUCCAGGUGGACGUGGCCGAUGUCAAUGACAACCCACCUCGAUUCGAGCAGACGUCAUACACGGUGUACGUGACCGAGAACAAUGGCCACGGGGCCUCUUUGUGUACCGUAAAGGCUCAAGACGCAGACAUCAAGGAGAAUGCACGCAUCACCUACACAGUUCUCAAUGACAAUAACCACGGCAUCCCUGUCACCUCCUAUGUGUCUGUAAAGGCCGAUACUGGCGAGGCUUAUGCCCUGCGAGCCUUCGACUAUGAAUCACUGAGAGAGUUUCACUUCCAGGUCAAAGCCCAAGAUGGGGGCAUUCCUCCGCUUAGUCGCGUCGCCACCGUCUACAUCUACAUAAUGGAUCAGAAUGACCACGCACCACUCAUCGUCAACCCUCCGGGUAAUGGCACACGCUCCUUAGAGACUGUUCAAAAGAACGCAGAUUCUGGUGCCUUGGUGACCAAAGUGGUGGCAUAUGAUGCGGAUGCCGGUCCAAACGCCUGGCUGGUGUACAUGCUCGAAACUGCCACUGACCUGGACUUGUUUAAGGUGCACGAACACACAGGUGAGAUCAGGACCACUCGUAGGAUCCUGGAAGAUAACUCAACCUCGUUUGCGCUAACGGUCUUGGUGAAGGACCACGGACAGCCUGCGCUCUCCUCCACCGCCACCAUCAAUGUGGCUGUCAUGGAGGUGCCCCCCAAAGUGGUCCCUGACCCCAAGAGGAUCAUCCGACCUCACAGCACACUGCUUUUCUCAAACGUGACCCUCUACUUGAUUGUCGCUUUGAGCGCCACCACCUUUGUUUUCCUGGUCACUGUGGUGGUGCUGGCAAUCGUCCGCUGCCAUGCCUAUUGCACCCAACCGGGGUCCUGCUCCCCCUGCUGUGGGUCACAGAAGCCACCUCCUGAUGGCGGCAACAGUAGCGUGAGUGCUGGUGGCCCCGGCGGUGGUGGUGGAGCCGCAGGGCAACCUAAUAAUAAUGUGGUACUCCGGAGGGACCUUAAAGUUGAGCCUCACUACAUCGAAGUGCGCGGAAAUGGCUCGCUAACAAAGACUUACUGCUACAAGACCUGCUUGACGGCCACCUCCGGCAGUGACACCUUCAUGUUCUACAACACAGGACGACCCAUCAGUGGCACCUGGGGCAGUGGCGCUGACCGUUUCUUCACAAGUGGAAGUGGAUUUGUACGCAGACUGAGCAUGCCUGAUGCCUCACUGCAAAUCUGCCCAGAGCCAAAAGCCCCAAAUGCUGACUGGCGAUAUUCUGCAUCUUUGAGGGCCGGGAUGCAGAGUUCGGUCCACAUGGAGGAGGCCUCUGUGAUGCAGGGUGCCCAAGGCAUGCUGGUUCAGAAUUGGCCCACUGUGUCCAGUGCUGCAGACGGAGAGGGUGGCGGCGAGCUUUCACCCCCAGUAGGCGCCGGUGUCAACAGCAACAGCUGGCACUUCCGUUACGGAGCGGGACAAAGCUAUGGCCCACCGCAGGCGCUGAAGCCCGGCGAGAUCCCUCCAGAAGCCUUCAUCAUUCCCGGAUCCCCCGCCAUCAUUUCUAUCCGCCAUGACCCCGGCCCUGUUGACGAUAAAGGUGACUUCAUAAGCUUCGGCAAGAAGGACGAAGCCAAGAAGAAGAAAAAGAAGAAGAAGGAUAAGAAGGAAAAGAAGGAGAAAGGAAAAGAUGAAGAAGAAUAAGGAGAGUUGAAUUGAAGCCAACCUGAUUACAGAGCCAGAAAAAAAGCCAAAUCGAUAUCGUAUAAUUGCAGAAUAUGCAUUAAAUACCAUAUUUACACAGUAUUGUUGCCAUUCAGGCUUUAGGCUCUCUGCGGAAAGCAAAACUGCGAAUCAAAUGCUUUUUCUCUCGUUUGGCUCAUUUGGCCUUCGACUUUAACCAGUAGAAGUUCAUUCUAUUCAAAUGCAUUUUAUGCGAUCAGUAUACGCUGUGAAUUUAUUCAACCCCCGAGUUUGUAUAAUGAAAACCAAAACAGCAAAAAAAAAAAAAAAGAGCAAUUUGUAUUUGAUUAUUGCCAGCACACCAUGCUGGGUGCUAAGUGAAAGCCAAACUGAAAAAUGUGACCUUUUUUUUUUGUCUUCAGUAAUACAUAGAAAUUCUGCAAAUGUGGUAUUUUGUAUAAAAGGGAAAAAAACGAACAAGAAACACGUGAUAUGUGGACCGUAAAAUGAGCACCUUAUAGAGAAUAAGGUGGCUGAGGCACGCAAGAUGACCGUACAGCUUUCUUUCGGUGUAACAGCACAUAAACGCGCAGCAGCGUCUACAACACGCAAACCGUGCAAUAUUGGGAAAACACGACAGAGGUACGAUGAAACCAAAAGUUAGCAUGUUACUAGGAAGUAAGCGCCACAGAUGCUGUCCAUUGGAACGAGGCGUCAACGCCACCGCCAUCUUGAGCAGGGGGAGGCCAGAGCUAUUUACCGUAUUGGCCAACUGAGACAGAGGUAUACACUAUAUUCCCAAAAGUUUUUGGCCACCUGCUUUGACUCACAUAUGAACUUGAAGUGCCAUCCCAUUCCUAACCCAUAGGGUUCAAUAUGAUGUUGGUCCACCUUUUGCAGCUAUUACAGCUUCAACUCUUCUGGGAAGGCUGUCCACAAGGUUGUGGAGUGUGUUUAUAGGAAUUUUCCACCAUUCUUCCAAGAGCGCAUUGGUGAGGUCACACACUGGUGUUGGUUGAGAAGGCCUGGCUCUCAGUCUCCGUUCUAAUUAAUCCCAAAGGUGUUCUAUUGGGUUCAGGUCAGGACUCUGUGCAGGCCAGUCAAGUUCAUUCACACCAGACUCUGUCAUACAUGUCUUUAUGGACCUUGCUUUGUGCACUGGUGCACAGUCAUGUUGGAAGAGGAAGGGGCCCGCUCCAAACUGUUCCCACAAGGUUGGGAGAAUUGAAUUGUCUGAAAUGUUUUGGUAUCCUGGAGCAUUCAAAGUUCCUUUCACUGGAACUAAGGGGCCAAGCCCAACUCCUGAAAAACAACCCCACACCAUAAUUCCUCCUCCUCCAAAUUACACACUCCUACCACUUUGUGGCUGAGUUGCUGUUGUUCCCAAACUCUUCCAUGUUCCAACAAUAUGCCAUGUUCUAACAAUAAAGCCGACAGUUGACUUUGGAAUAUUUAGGAGCGAGAACAUUGCACGACUGGAUUUGUUGCACAGGUGGUGUCCUAUGACAGUUCCACGCUGGAAAUCACUGAGCUCCCAUUCUUUCACAAAUGUUUGUAGAAACAGUCUCCAUGCCUAAGUGCUUGAUUUUAUACACAUGUGGCCGGGCCAAGUUAUUAAGACACCUGAUUCCCAUCAUUUGGAUGUGUGGCCAAAUACUUUUGGCAAUAUAGUGUAUAUCAAGUAAAAUGUUGGCGCCAGUCAGAUGCACAUCGGACUAAUCAGUCUGACAAAACCCCUGCUCAAGAUAGCGGCCGUGUUGACGUGCCUGACAAGCAUAAAGGCGACAUCCACGAUAUGCAAAUACAUGAGCCGAAUGUCCAGAAAAAGGUUGGCGUUGGUGUGAAAAUGUAUUUAUAUUAGAUUGUUUUAAACAAUAUUAUGGAGCUACCAAUUUAAAGCCCCACUUAAGAACUUUCAGUUUUGGUUGAGUUUGGCGGUGUCAGUGGACCAAAGCGGUAGUGUUUUGCCUGAAGGAAGACCACAUUUCCCAUGAAGACCAGUGCACAGGGUUAGUCAGUCAGUAUGACCGAUCUUUCCACAGUAGGAACCUACAUAUUUUACUCAAACUUUAUAUUUGCAGUUUGCAGUCAUGGCAUUGUUUUUUCUUUAUACAGUACUUUUGAGUUUGUUGAGUGGCUGGUCGUGUCAGUGUGGAACUACGAACUAUCUGCUGGCUAUUUAUUGCUACCACGCAAAUGUCGGAUAGCUAACGUUGGCAUUAUCGUUUUGACUUGAGCAUCAAAAGGGAUUUAUUAGGAAAGCAGUAACAGAGCCAAGGCAGCAUUGGUCUGAAAUCCCUCCUCGUCUCUGAGCGAAAGCCGGGCCAAUGCCUGCCUUCUUAAUUUGUUUGUCUCCUCAGACAAAACUUUUCGUUUCUUUGGUUGUUUUGCAGUCUGUGAUGAUUGGGAGUAAUUGCACAUAGGUAUUCGCAUCGACUUAGCUCUUUGUAACAAAUGGGGAAGGGAGGAGUGACGUAUGCCGUAAAGCAAGUCAGCACAUUUGUAGUUUUUUGUGUGGCAGGGUUCAUGCCACCCCCCUCAGUGAAAGCGAAACAGACCCCCUCAAGACAUGACAGAGGUGUCAUUCAACCAGUUCUAAGUCCAUGUAUCGUCCCAAAAAUGUAUUAAGAUAUUUUAUGAAGGUUGAAAAGUUACUAAAUGGGUUGUGUUUUCCCCAUAUUGCAUGUGUUUUGGAUGGUCAGCCACACUAGUCAAGGGCCUACGCUGGGUUGCACCAACUAUGCGAAGGUUAGAUCCCAGGUUAAAUUAGUGGCUUGUUAGAAAACUACAACAUUUGAUUGUAUUGUAAUUGUUAAGGGACAUUCCAUGGCUAGAGUUAGGUUUAGCAUUAAGACGAUAGAUAAAUAUGGAAUGAGCAAUGGUCACCAGUCACUGUGAGGAUAUUGGUUUGACAAUAUUGAUCCUCAAAGGAUGAGACCAUGAGGUUUAAUAUGAGUUUUUGUAUUUUUGUAAUUCCAUCCUCUGCAACUCGGUAGCGCAUUUUAAAGUACACCAUUGUACACCGUCCUAAGAGCUAGCGUCCUCUGCAAUGGACACCCAGUUUUGUUAUUGUUUUCACACUUUUUUACUUAUGUGAAACGAUUUUUAUACUUUUUUAAAUCAAACAUUACAUUCAAUGCAUGUUAUGUACUAAAACAAAUCAAUGGGAUAGAAAUUGUUGAAUAAUCAUUUGUUUUGGUGAUCAUUAAAACAUACAUGGUCAUGAAGUGUGGGUCAUGACCGAAAGAAUAAGAUCGCGGAUACCAGCGGCCGAAAUGAGUUUCCUCAGAAGGGUGGCUGGCAUCUCCCUUAGAGAUAGGGUGAGAAGUUCAGUCACCCGAGAGAGACUCGGAGGAGAGCCGCUGCUCCUUCGCUUGGAAAGGAGCCAGCUUAGGUGGUUCGGGCAUCUCGUGCGGAUGCCUCACGAGCGUCUCCCUAGGGAGGUCCUCAUUGCACGUCCCACUGGGAGGAGACCCCGCGGCAGGCCAAGGACCAGAUGGGGGGGAUUACAUCUCCUCUCUGGCCUGGGAACGCUUCGAGAUUCCCCAGGAGGAAGUCGCUAAUGUUGCUCUGGAGAGGAAAGUCUGGGGGUCUCUGCUUGAGCUGUUGUCCCCGCGACCCGAUUCCGGAUAAGCGGUUGAAGAUGGAUGGAGAUGGAUGGAUAAAACAUACAUUUGUAAGCCAUCCAAAAUCAACCCCGAUCCACAUUCAAACGCAGUCUUUCAAGACAAGCACUAAGGCUGUAUAUGGGGGAAUUUGCCAUUAUAUUAUUAUCAAUGGCGGAGCAGUAAGUGACUAAGCUAAGCAGGUAUGUAGCGCCCUGUCAAUCAUUAAUUUACAUUUUAUGUGCGCUUCUAUAGGCAAAACAAUCAGCAUAUAAAUGUACAUUGCAGAGGGCGCUGGUUCUCAGGAGGGUGUGGGCAGUGAUGCAAUCUCAAAAUCGUGUCCACCCCAUAAAAGUCAAUGUGACAUUUGGUCUAAUUGUUAAUUAAGUCAGACCAUUUCAGAAUAUGAGAACAAUAUAUAUUAAAAAAACAAACAUUUGAGAUGGUUAUUCUGGCCAGAAUGAUGGUGGACAUUUUUGGUUUGAAUCUUUACAUGGAACAAAUUGAAUGAGAACUUGAUGGUACUUUUGAAAAAAAAAAAGUACACGUGAUUUGUAAAAACAUUCAAAAUAUCCUUUAGGAAAUCAUUGUGAAUGGGGGAAAAAAAAAAGGAUGAACACACUUUAAUAUUAGUGAGUACAAUUGUGUGACUUGGUAUCAUUUGCACCGGCUUUGUUGUUCGCUUAACUAUUUUAUUGUCGCCGCUUGUACUCUAGUGAUGCAGUGUUAACUGGGGAACAUACGUCAUGUGCAGCUGAUGCAAUCGCCACCUGACCAUUUGCCUCUUUUCUUGGAAUAUAGUGCAGCACAGCGUCUCCACCCCAAUCUGAGAUGCACAUAACUAUGAACAAACUAUUUGCCUUCUCCAUACACUCUGUAAAAGGUACUGAUGGACGAUGCAGCAUUCUUGAUGAUGAGAGUGCGUCACGCGGCUGUAUAGUGGCAGCAUCAAGCCUGGUAACUCUACUUCUGUUUUUGAACGUUAAGUAGAUGUUCCUCUCUCGCCCAUCACCACUUGUAGGACGUGCUUGGCUCCUCUUCCCACUAAUCGACUGUCGGGAAUAACAUUACUAAUUGAAAGUCACUCCCCUUACGGACUGUGCAAGAAUAGCACAUAUUUGCAUAUUCAUAAACAUACUCUUAAACAUAUUCAUAAACAUAGGACACUCAUCAAACAUACAGUGGUACGUCAACUUAUGAUCUUAGUGGGGUCUGUGACGGUGCUCUUAACUCAAAACACUUGUAUCUCAAAUCUCCCAUUGAAAUUAACUGAAAUGAAUUGAAUCUUUGCCAUGCCCUCUCCCCCAAAGCACAUUUUAAAAAUAAAAACAAACUUUUAGAUAGGAAAUAUUGUAUAGCAACAAAACAAUAGAAUGUAGUACAAACAACUACAGUAGUUUUAUGAAGUAAUGUAAUAAUAAUGUACAGCAUUUACAGUACCUUGGAGAGUGGACUUUGACGGUAUCUCCUUCCAGCUGCUUCUCCGUCAAAUACGUCAUCUUCAGCUUUUCCAUAUUUUCAUGGAUACAUGUCUGCCGUUUAAAUGUUAUUUUAACACUCUUCGCUGGCAUUCUGCUUCAGUAUGGUGCAGACUCGCAGUGAUAUGCUCAAAGUGCUUAAUAAUAUUUUUGAUGAUUUCUUUCUUUAAUUCAAUUAAUAUCAUCCAGCAUUGUCCUUCAAAUUCACAUUCUUCCUUCCCAUGCUUGGAAAAUGCUAGUGGGUAAGACCAGAUGUUUUGGGCGGGUUAACAAAGGCAUUUUCUACGCCAACGAAUUAGGGAUGCCUGUAACUCAAGUUUUUGCUUGCAUAAGAGCGCUUAACUAAAAACACUCUUAAGUUGAGGUACCACUGUAUACAUCUUUGUGAUAAUUCCAUAGUUUUGAUAUUGUGCUUUUUUGGGGGGGAUACAACGCUAAAUGGGGGUUUGUGUUGCUUCAACUUACGGGAUCCAUGUUUGUUUUUUGGCCAAGCUGAGGCUUUUAAUCAGGAAAAUGAUAACAAAUAGAAAGAAUUGCAUGAUGUCAAAUGUAGUUGAUGAUGCAGUUUUUGACAGAAGGCCUUUAUUAAUUGCACAAACACCAGAAUUCUCUAGCACAGUGAUUCUCAAACUGGUACGUGGGCUCCAUCUCGCGGUAUGCCAAAGAAUCACUUAAUUAAAUCUUAAAACACAGUGUUACUGUUCGAACUGUGUGUAAUGAUACAGUGGACACAAAUAUUGGAAAACGCUUGUUAAAUAAAACCUCUGCCUUGUUUUUAAUGAAUAUUUUAUUGUUGGUCAUGAUGUUGGUUUUUGGAGAGCCAGGUGUCUUCUGAGGUGGUACUUGGUGGGUAAAGUUUAAGAAGCACUGCUCUCGCAUUACUUUUGCUGAAUUUUGGCAAACAAGCAGUAGUUUUUAUAAACUGUUUGAGACGCCCAUGAAGAAAUCAUUGUAGCUCAUUGUGAACUGUACAGUAAAAUACUUUAUUUUGCCCAAAUAUUUGAGAAAAUCAUGUUGGAGCAUAUAUUGAGCUGCAGGCAUUGGAACUGGACAUUUGUCAUCUCAUGGUAGUGUUCCUUUUCUAGACCCAUCUUAUUUCUAGCCUAUCUGGCUCAAACCCAACCAUGCUCACACGUCUUUGUCCCCGUCCGUCCGUCAGGUGUUCUCCUGUGCUGUUAGAUCACCAAGUGGCUGUUUGCAUGUUAUAAGCAAAGGAAACAGAUAUUAUAUAAAUACUAUAUAUAACUAAAUAUGUUUUAUUUCACCAGUAAAUGUGUACUGAAACCACAAACCUGCGAUACACUUCCAUCCACGCAUACUGUGAACUCCAACAGUACUGCAAAUUGUGGCAAAAACCUAAAAGUAUCACAUUUUUUCUACUUCUGUAAAUUCCAAUAAUGCUUUUGUGUAAUGUUAUGAAUUGCCUUUUGGGGUUUUUAUUUGCGCGUAUGAUUUUCAUAGAUAAGAAAAUCAACCCUUAAACUUGUGUUACGCUUUGAAAUGAUGAUCAAACAAACACUAUUGUGAACUCAUGUAUACACCCCCCCCCCCCCCCAUAUCUAUUCCAUGCUUAAUAGAGACAAAAACGUAAGAAAAAAGAUGAUUAAAAAAAAAAUCAAAAUACAUAAAAAGUAAAAAAAAAAAUAAACAAAGUUGAUGUUUUCUCUGCUUGUGUAUAGUGAAUGUUUGUCGGUCACUGGGUGUGGCAAUGGUUGGCACAUGCUUGUCGACUGUGACAGUGCAGAUCUGUUCAUAAACUUAUUUUGUACACCUGCUUAUUGUUGAGGUGAUAAUAGUGCUUCUAAAGAGUUAAUCAACCUGGUAAUGUGUUUUGUUAAGUCACAAAUAAAGUUUUUUCUUAAAUAUC